UCCUUUUCAGUGGAGCGAGAACUGCAGGAGAACAACAGUAAUUACCCAGAUGAGCCCUGGAGGAUAACAGAGGAACAACGGGAGUACUAUGUCAAUCAGUUUCGAUCCCUCCAGCCAGACCCGAGUUCCUUCAUUUCAGGGUCUGUGGCCAAGAACUUCUUCACCAAAUCAAAGCUCUCCAUUCCAGAACUCUCUUAUAUCUGGGAACUCAGUGAUGCUGACUGUGAUGGAGCCCUGACCUUGUCUGAGUUCUGUGCUGCAUUUCAUCUCAUCGUAGCCCGGAAGAACGGCUACCCACUGCCAGAGGGCCUGCCUCCAACUCUGCAGUCAGAGUACUUGCAAGCAGCUUUCCCUAAAUCCAAGUGGGAGUGCGCAAUUUUUGAUUCUUAUUCUGAGUCAAUGCCAGCAAACCAACAGUCCUGUGACUUGAAUCGGAUGGAGACAUCUGUUAAAGACAUGGCUGACUUUCCUGUCCCUACCCAAGAUGUGACUACUAGUGAUGACCAACAAGCUUUGAAAAGUACUGUUAACGAAUCCUUACCAAAGGACGUAUCUGAGGAUACAGCAACUUCUAAGGACUGCAACAGUCUCAAAGCAAGACCAAGAUCCAGAUCUUAUUCUAGCACCUCCAUAGAAGAGGCCAUGAAAAGGGGUGAGGACCCCCCCACCCCACCACCACGGCCACAGAAAACCCAUUCCAGAGCCUCCUCCUUGGAUCUGAAUAAAGUCUUCCAGCCCAGCGUGCCAG